AUGGAAACCAUGCCUUCCCUAUCGUCUGAUAAAAGCAGAGAAAACUUUCAUGGCUUAAAUUCUACCAACUUUGGCAACAAUACAAUGUUGGAUGCAUCACCUCCGCUUCCCCUCACCCACUCGAAGCAAUGGCUAACCACAAACAGCAAUCUUGACAUGUGCACCGAAACUCUUGGUUGCGAGACAGGUGCAAUGUGCUCUGUUCUUGAACUCGAAAUGGCUUCCGUAAAGAAGAAGAAGAAGAAGAAUGAGAAGAACUUAUCGCCGAAAAGCGCUCUACCGCCGGAGUUUCCGCCACCGCUCACGACGCUGCGCGGCAAAGGGCGGCUGAGAUUAGGGAGAAAGAGGGAGGAAGGAAGGCUUCUGCUUAUUCCUUUCAAGACUUUUGCGGUGGAGUCAGAGAGGUCUGGCGGGCGUCUUCUUCUUCGGAUUCUGCCGGCGAAGGAGGGAAGAGAAGGAGAGGAAGAAGAUGAAGUUGAGGAAAAGGGGGUUUUUUCUAAUGGUGGCGGAGGGAAGUAUGGGAUUUCAGGGAGGUGUAAGGAAGGGAAGAAGAUGGGUGCGGCGGCCAUUUUUAACUGCGAUUCUGUCUGGGUGGCUAGCUCUUGA